AUGCUGACAUGGUACUCGCUACACAGCUCCAAGCGGAGAAAGUUCGUCGCCGACGGUGUGUUCUACGCCGAACUUAACGAGUUCUUCCAGCGUGAGCUCGCCGAGGAGGGCUACUCUGGUGUCGAGGUCCGCGUCACCCCUACCGUAACCGACAUUAUCAUCCGCGCCACGCACACCCAGGAAGUCCUCGGCGAACAAGGCCGCCGCAUCCGCGAGCUCACCUCGCUCAUCCAGAAGCGAUUCAAAUUCCCCGAGAACUCGGUCUCCCUCUACGCCGCAAAGGUCCAGAACCGUGGCCUCUCCGCCGUCGCCCAGUGCGAGUCCCUUCGCUAUAAGCUGCUCAAUGGCCUGGCCGUCCGUCGUGCCUGCUAUGGUGUCCUCCGCUUCAUCAUGGAGAGUGGCGCUAAGGGAUGUGAGGUUGUGGUCUCUGGAAAGCUUCGCGCUGCCCGUGCCAAGAGCAUGAAGUUCACCGACGGCUUCAUGAUUCACUCCGGACAGCCUGCCAAGGACUUCAUCGACUCAGCCACACGCCACGUCCUCCUCCGUCAGGGUGUCUUGGGCAUCAAGGUCAAGAUCAUGCGCGGCUCCGACCCUGAGGGCAAGGCCGGCCCACAGAAAUCUCUGCCUGAUGCCGUCACAAUCAUCGAGCCCAAGGAGGAGCAGACUGUUGUCCAACCUGUCAGCCAAGACUACGGCGCUAAAGCCGCCCAGGCCAUGGCCUCUCAAGACGCGCGGGUUGCCGAGAAGGAGGGUGAGGAUGAGGAGACUGCUGCUCCUACGGAGCAAUAG